AUGGCGACCGCGGUGCGCUUGGAGCUGGGCCGCUUGGUUCAGGAGGCCGCGGCCCUUGCGGGGGUGGUCCGCGGGUCUCUCGGCCCCCACGGAGGACAGGUUCUGCUCACCCGCCCCACGGGAGAGGUCCUGCUUUCCCGAGACGGACGGCGUGUGCUGGAGGCCCUGAAUGUGGACUCGCCGACGGCCAGAAUUAUGAUAGCAUGUAUUUCUACACACUGCAAUUUAUUUGGAGAUGGCGCUAAAACAUUUAUCAUUCUGCUCUCUGAUUUACUACGACAAUUUGAAAAACUUAAUAAAAGAGAUCAAGGAAAAGACUGCAGUUUGAAACACAUUUCUCAGUUUCUUGUGAAGAUUCAAACAAACAUCCUGGACCAUAUAAUGACAUGGGACCUUAAGAAACAUUUUCAGUCAAUCUUUUCUGCUUCUGAUUCAGAUGUAAGACGAAAUAUGGAGUUAAUGUUAGAACCUUAUUUUUGUGGGAAAGUAGGAACUAAUAGACAAAAGCUCCUAACUCAUUUGGCAUGUGAUUUCUACUUCAAAGUUACAGCUGGUAAAAAGCAGAAUGAGGCAUUAUACUUGGUGAAUGAACGUUUUGCAGAACUGCAUACCACUGUGACAGGCCUUCCUUUUUCAGAUUCCAGGAUCCUAGAUGGCUUACUGCUUCACAGAGACUUUGCAGUAUACUGUCCUGCAGAUGGUGACAAAAGAAUUAUAAUAAUAACAGAACCUAUUCAUUCCUCUGUAUCUGAGUUGGGUAUAGAAGUUGUCAUAACUGCGGAAGGUCAAUUCAAGGCAUCAGAAACCUGGAUUACAAAAAGAACCGAAGCUCUUCUACAGCACUUGCAAGACAAUGACAUCAAAGUAAUACUGUCAGGUGUAAAACAGCAUGCUAUUGUUCAUCGCUGUGCAAAAAAUAAUGGCAUAUCUAUUGUAGAUUGCGUGUUGAUGGAGGAAAUCUCUCUUAUUUGCAAGAUUACUGGAAUUUCACCUUUCAAACCAUCUUUGGAUGACAUUAAGAGUGAAAUCACUCAAACAGCUGUAGCAAAAUUUUGCCAGCCCUUCCACCUUGGGACCAAAAGAUUUGUUCACAUUGGCUUUGGGAAAACCUCUACCAUCCAGCUUCAUUGUGUGAUUCUCUGUGGACCAGUACAUGGAGUUACGGAGCAACACGCGUCUGCUUUUCGUGAAGCAUUCAAAAUGCUACAACAAAUGUUUACAGCAAUUCAUCUGUCUCAGCACUGUGACUCAGAACUGGAAAAUCACUGUCUUUUGAAUGGUCGAAAUAAAACUCAGGAACGUUUAUCUCCCCAUCAGCCGUUAUUCCAGGAACGCAAUGAUUGGAGAGAACUUCAAACCAAUACCAAGCACCUUACAGCUUGUGGGCUUAAAAUGGAGAAACGCUCUGCAUCUUUUUCUGUGGGAGAUGAAAAGUUACUCCAUUCAUCGUCCAGUUAUAAUUCUUCGAGCAUAGUCACGCCUUCUGUUGAUGUGAUGCAUGGUACUAAGCGCUCAUUAUUCCAGAAAAAGGAUGAUGAGUUAAUUGGCUGUCGAGCGACUUCUUUAAAACAGACGUUUCAAAAAGAAAGGUUGCAAAUGACUGAGACCGAACCUCUUGAAGAUAAUCAGCCUGCUUAUAAUACAGUUGAUAAAAAUGUACAGCUGCAAGCUGGUACAGUCAGUUGUGCCAGGCUUCUUAAAUAUGAUGGGAACGAUAAAAGGGGUAAUCAGAAUGAUUCUGACUCUUACAUAGAACCGGGAGCAGUUUUGCCAGUAGGAGGGCUCUUUGAAAUUCUGUUGCAUUACUAUCUAUCUAACUACGCAAAACAAUGCCGGUCAUCAAUUACAUCCAUCAUUUGUUCUGUAAUUGCUGAUGUAUUGCUAAGUAUUCCAAAAACACUCUGCCUGACACAAAAAAGGAAUGCCUUUCCUCAGCUCUGUCUUCAAGUUACCAGUGCCCUCAAAAGCAAUCAGCAGCUUCUGCCAGAUCAAAAGCUUCUAGAAUCAGUUUCUUGUAAGUACCACUUAGUAGCUUCUGUGCUUCAGUGUGCAGCACAGUUGCUUAGUGUUGAUCUAAUUAUUAGCAUUAAAAGGCUACCACAGAAGGCUGAAGAGAGCGACUCAGAAGUCGAUGGGUAAAAGCAGAUUCCUCGUAUCCUGGAGGGAAUCUCAUUCGUCUUGUCUGAUUACUUUUCUU